CCUGCCCAGAGUGACGUGAGCAGCGUGGGGCGACAAUGGCGAGAAUAGGGGACGUGUGAACGCUUAGACCCUGAUCAGACGAGAGGGAUGGCCGGAUGCGGUUUCGACUCCCCCCUACAGCAGUUAGAGGCUCUGGGGAGAAAGUGGAGCGCACUCUACUUAAAGGGGCGCCCGGGACCAUGAUGGAGGACCAGAGUGGGACAGUGGGUUUCGGCCUGUUUCCCUUUCCAGGGUAGAGUCACCCUUCCCCAGGGUUGGCCAAGAGCUUUGCGCCCCUCACCGUCUCCUUGGGAAUCCUGCUUUUCCAUUCAGCGUCCAGAUCUGUCCUCUCCUACUCCUAGGUGCGGCCUUGCUCUUCUCCCUGAGCAGAGGCCGGGUUCCGAUGGCCCGCCUGGAGGCCCCGCGUGGCUCUGGGAGCAUUUACCGAACCCAGCUCUCUUUAGGACCCGGGGGAAGUCAUUUACCCCACGCCUAUCUCUUGGGCGAGUUGCCGGUUUCUGAGGUGGGAAGAGCCAUCACCGGAAAGGUGACGGUGAUACCUGUGCCCGGUACCCUGGCCAGAAGUCUCUUGUGUCCUCAUCUCAGGUUUACUCCCCGCUUGGACUACCAUGAAACUGCACCAAAAGUCCGUACUCAGUUUCUUCCGUGGAUGCAGAACACAGGCUCCAGACCGGGAGGGCAUCUUGCUGAAGAAGGGAACCCGAAAUACCAGCUAUCAACGCCGCUGGUUCAUCCUCCGGGGAAACCUCCUCUUCUACCUGGAGAACCAGGCGGACCACACCCCCCUGGGCCUCAUUCUCUUGGAAAACUGCCAGGUGGAGCCGCGCCUUGGGGCCACAGAACCCUAUGCCUUCACCAUCCUGACCCCCAGGGCUGAGGGCACAGGUGGGCGGGCCUACAAGCUGGCGGCAGAAAACCAGGAAGAGCUGGGAGCCUGGCUGUGGGCGCUGGCUGGGGCGAGCUGGAGGCGGCUGGUGGUGCUACUGCCCCCCCUGGAGGCCCGGUACCGGGAGCUGUGCCAGGCAGCUGGCCAGGAGCCCGGCUCACCCCCAGAGGACUGCAGCUUCCUAGCCACCCUCAGUACCCCCUCCAGCUUCCAGGAGUUGCACGAGCACUUUGGGAAGGAGAUCCGGGUGUUGCAGGUGGUACGUAGAAGGCCCCAGGCCAGUGCCAAUGAAAGCAGCAGAUCCCAGACAGAGGAGCAGGAGCUCAACAGCUGUUGAUGAGUGACUGAAAGAUGGACCAAAGGCCAAGAGGUACCUACCUGCCAAGACCAGCCAGCUGCCUCAGGAGACACCCAGAUCCCGGCCUGCUCCAUUGUUUCCCACCCCCUGCCUAGUCCUUAUUCUAACCCCCAUCAUCAAAUAA